UUUCUCUUAUCGCACUUUGCCAUACAAACACACAUUGUCGUCGUCCCCUUUGUUAUUGUUUAUUAUUGCAGCUAUUAUUAUUGUUGCUGUAGCUUUUGCAUAAAUAGUUUUUACGAUAUUAACACUGUAAAAAAUAUAUAUCGAAAUAGUCGACAUUAAUCUGCCAAAAGAAGCCACAUUUCCCAACAACAAACAAAAACAAAAACCAUGGUCUAACAUCAAUCAAGCUCUGAUGAAAGUGGUUACAUCACAAGUUGGUUUUACAAUGAAAAUCUGAGAAGUUUCGGUACAGUUUCAUCUGGUUGCCAUGAUUUUUAGUCUCGUCUAUUAUUUAAAUGCCAUCGUUCGUUGGUGUACCGACAGACGACGGAGCCACAUGUAUCUGAGAGAAAUCGGCAAGACGUUAAAGAAAUCCAGUGUAUUAUUCCAGCAAGUCAAACAUAUAGGGGAAGCAACUGAGUCUCUAACAGUCAUCCAGCAGUUAUCGCCCUUUCUAAAAAAUGUUCUCGACUCGAGGUUUUCUGCUCCAUUGGUGCAAGAUGUCCAUCUCCAUCUCGUCUCCAUCCACCCAGCUGUGACAGUUAACUUAAAAGACUGGCAUCUUUAUCGAGAUGUCUCUAAAGAAGACAUCCAAUCAUUUCCUCACGAUAUUUUGACUAUCCUUCUCGAAGCUGGCAUCACCCAUUUAACUUCCCCCGUUGAUAACCUGGAAGAAACUGUGAAAGAAGACUGUGUUCAGAUCCAUGAUUAUGGCAGAACUUUGGCCUGGAAAGCAGGAAUGCCAUGUUCUAUUUUAAUGUCUUGUACACCAAGUAACCUCUUGAAUAUGGGUCUGGCAGUAACAAAUGGUAAAUUACGCUUCCAAGAAUUAACAGUGGAAUCAAUUUUAUCCAUAAAUAUAGAAGGGUGUGGCUCUAACUUAAUCCUUCCUCCUGCCGUGAAGGACAACUUAAAACGGUACAGCAUCGGAAGUGAGAACAGCAUCGAUGACCAGGAUUCUUGCUGUUGCCAUUCUAAUGAAGCCUUAGCGUCACCAUGUGCCAGUGAGAAUCACUCGGAUGAAGACCUCUUGCUCGACAGUGAUUCAGAAAUGGCUGCUGGAGAUGUGAAAUAUGAAAAGAUGGAAGCAGAUGAGGCCAAAGUGGAUUUGGAAUUCCAGAGACCUGCUAAUGCUGCCGUAAAACCACCAAACAUUCUUGUUUACUGUGGCAAAAAAGAUUCCAAACGUAAAUUUGAAUCCUUCAAAACCAUGCUUGAAAAAUGCUUGUCUUCAGAUUGCUAUGCGGUUUACCAACUUCAACACAACCAAAUUAGCACAGCGCCCUGGAUGGACAACACAAUAUUGUUGGUUAUUGCUUGUGAAAGACUCUAUGAUGACAUCGAUCAUGUGAUAUUUAGCUAUUUUGAGAAAGGUGGGAAGCUGAUGAGUUUGGCAAGCAAUAUUGAUUCUUUGUUUCUUGACAAAGAAUUGGUUCGUCGUUCUGCAGACUUGGUGAAUGUAUCAUGUCAUCAUUGGAGUAAUGUUCCAAUGAUGGCUGGACGUUACAUCUACUCAAAUGCUUUAAAAUCCUCCAAUUUUAAUUGUACAGUUUUAGCAUCAGAAAGUUCUAGCCAAAACUCUUUGAUUGUUAAGUUAGAAUCUCCAGCAGACCUUGAUCAAGGAGUUGCUGUCUUAUCUCAGGUCUACUUUGACAGUGACCACUGCAGUAAACCGAGUGAGGAUUUUUAUGAAAUUCUUUGCCAUUUGUUGUCCACUCAUCUUGAACUAGAAUGUUCCAGCCAAGAUGUUCCUCAGCUGACUCCAGCCAAACUUUUCACUAAAACAAAGGUUGUGGAAAAACAGCUUCUGGAUAGUCUUGCAUCACGCCUUAAAGAUGGAACACUGAAAUCUUCAGAAGUCUCAUUGACUUUUGUUCGGAAUUUAGAAGUUCUGAACUCGGCUGCAAGUGCUGUUAAUCUCCCUGUUGUGAUCAGUGAUGACACAUAUCAUCCCCGAUACUUCAAUGCCAAAAAGUAUUGGGACAACCUCCACUCUGCUGUGCUGGGCAAUGCUAUAUUCUUUGUUGAGGUCGUUCCCACGACCAUGCCAUUGCUUAAUCAGAUGUUAAUAUCUGUGCCAAAAACCGUUGGGAUGAUUGCAAUAGCUGGAAGACAAACAAGCGGCAAAGGCCGUGGUGGUAACCAGUGGUUGAGUCCCGUUGGCUGUGCUAUGUUCACUCUUCAUGUUCAACUUGAUCGCAGUUCAUUACUUGGUAGCAAUCCUGUCUUCCUGCAGCAUAUUGUCACGGUUUCUGUGGUCCGCAGUGUCAGGACACUGCCAGGAUAUGAGGAACUGGAUCUGAGAGUGAAAUGGCCCAAUGAUCUCUAUUAUGGUAAAAAGACGAAACUGGGUGGCGUCGUCGUUAACAGUUCUAUAGCAACACAAUCCAUUGAUGCCAUUAUUGGUUGUGGUUUCAAUGUGGAGAACAGCAAACCCACAUUUUGCAUCAACGAUUUGAUACACGAGUACAACAUGGAGAACGGUAAACAUCUGGCACCACUGAAUAAAGACCAACUGAUUGGUCGAACUGUGACCAUCAUUGAAGAAUUGAUUGAUCGAUUCAAUACCAAAGGUCAUGAAGAUUUCCAGCUGCUCUACUACCAAUACUGGUUACAUAGGGGAGCCAAAGUUCGUCUUGAAUGUGAAAACAAUCUGGAAGUUGACAUAAAUGGUUUAGAUGAGAACGGUUUCCUGCAAGUGAAGACUGCAGAAGGACAUUUGAUUAGUGUGCAACCUGAUGGCAACACUUUUGACUUUAUGAAGAACUUAAUUGCAAUUAAAACUAAUUAGACACCAACACAACAGAAAGAUUAAAUAACUUUACAAAAAAAUAAAAACAAAAUGGUCAAAUUUCUCUUUCUGAAUAAAUGUCAUCUGUGUUACCAUGGACACCAAGAGAAUAACUACUUAAAAGAGCUUGCGAACCUUGGUAAUGUUGUAUGUUUGUGGGUGUCUGUGCUGACCAGAGACUGUUCAUUAAUUUUAAUGAGCCGACAGACUUGAAGUUGAGUAUUAAAAUCUGCAGACCAAGAAGGUUUGGAGAUGUGCAGUCUGGCAUAAUUGGUCAUUAGAAUAAUUGAAGAAGGGGUGGGGUGAAUUUUUCUCAAUUAGACAUGAAACCUGACAAACACUGCAAUAAGCAUCCUGACAACAACAACAGCAACAACUUUUAUUAUUACUUCUAAUUUUGGCAUAUAGCCAACAAUUUUGUGAAGAGGUGGUGUUAGUACUAUCGACCCCAGUAUUUGACUGGUACUUUAUGUUGACCUCAGCUGGAUUUGAUCUUGCAACAUAAAGAGCCAGUAGAAACAGUACAAGACAUUCUCUCUGGUGCUCUAUUGAUUUGACCAAUCCACUGCUAUAAUAAUAAUAUCAAUCAUAAUGAUGAUGGUCCCAAGGCAUCGAGCUGGCAGAAUCGGUCGCAUGCCAGGCAAGAUGUUCAAUGGCAUUUCGUUCAUCUUUAUGUUCAGAGUUCAAAUUCUGCUGAGGUCAGCAUUGCCUUUCAUCCUUUCAGGGUUGAUAAAAUAAGUACCAGUUGAAUAUUGGGGGGGGAGGUUAAAGAAUUGACUUACUUCCUCCCCUGAAAUUGCUGGCCUUGUUCCAAAAUUUGAAAACAAUAAUAAUAACAAUAAUGAUCUCUAACGCAGGCACACAACCAGAAUAUAUCAAACAUUCUAAAUGCAAGAAAAAAUUUUAAAUGAAUAAAACCUAGUUGGAUGCCAUGUGCAAAUUCUGUGAUUAACAAUCCUCACCCACCAUUUUCCAUGGUGAAUUUUCCACAUUUUGAUUAAAUUAUUAAUUAUACAUUU